CGCGCUAUUUGAAGACCGCAAUCCGGCCUCCCCGGGUUGCGGCGGCCGCCGUGGAGGCAGGGCCUCCCGCCCAGGAAGCGGGUUUCUGGAGGCCCCGCAGGUGGCAGAACUUGACCUGAGCGGUGAAGGGAAAGACUGUGGGAAAGGCAAGUGGGCAUGACCGGGUGAUUAUUUUUUUCUUCCAGGGAAUACUGUGAGUUUGUGCUGUCUCAGAGUUUUCUGCUAAAAUUCAAGAGACUAUCAACUUGAUAAGUACAAGUACUAGAAAGUGCCAAAGUAUACGCUGAGUUAUCCUCCCAACGAGCAGUUGUGUUGAGAGCAUUGAAGAGAAACAGAAGAAAAGGGAGCUCUGAACUGCACAGUGGAACCUAGAAAUGAACUCUACACUCACCAUAGCACAAGAGUGAUGGCCAAGGUGUAAAGGGUAGCCAUCUUACAUGGGAUAGGACUUGGUCUCCCCACACUUCUGACCCCAUGAAGAGAAGAUGGGAAGCAAAACUGAAGCAAAUUGAAGAGCGAGCAUCCCGUUAUGAAAGGAAGCCCUUGUCCUCAGUGUACAGGCCCAGGCUGUCCAAGCCAGAAGAGCCGCCCUCUAUUUGGAAACUAUUUCCUCGCCAAACUCAGGCUUUUAAUUUUGUUAAAAGCUGCAAAGAGGAUGUCCAUGUAUUUGCUUUGGAAUGCGAAGUGGGCGAUGGACAACGUAUUUACCUUGUAACAAGCUACGUUCAGCUUUGGUUUCAUUAUAAAUCCCGAAAACAUCUCUUACACUGCUAUGAAGUCAUUCCUGAAAAUGCUGUUUGCAAGCUCUAUUUUGAUCUGGAAUUUAACAAACUUGCCAAUCCUGGAGCUGAUGGAAAAAAGAUGGUUGCAUUACUCAUUGAGCAUGUUUGUAAAGCACUUCAGGAGUUAUACAGAGCUAACUGUUCAGCUGAAGAUGUUUUAAACUUAGAUUCUAGCACUGACGAGAAAUUUAGCCGCCAUUUAAUAUUUCAACUCCAUGAUGUGGCAUUUAAAGAUAACAUUCAUGUCGGUAAUUUUGUGAGAAAGAUUUUGCAGCCUGCUUUUCAUUUGAUUGCCAGUGGAGAUGAUGAAGAUGAUGAAGAUGAUGGUGGGAUUCCAGGGACAACCAGCCAAGCAUUUUCCCAUUUUUCUGAACCACCAAUUAAACGAGGAAUUUCCUUCCGUGAAAUGUCCACAGAUGAGGAGAUAGGAGAGAGCUGGACGUUGACUUCCAAGGCCCGGGAGCGGCUGGGGUCCGCCGAGCGGAGCGGCCCUGACCUUUCCUUCUUAGUUGUGAAGGAUCCUGCAGGGAAAAAGCGUCUUUUUGUAGAUCUAGGAGUUUAUACAAGAAAUAGGAACUUUCGGCUGUAUAAGUCAUCAAAGAAGGGGAAGCCUGUGGUGUUGGAGGUCGCUGAAGAUAACAGAUUCUCUCUUACACGGUCAGAGAGUACUUCUGAAGAGGAGCAGUGUUUCCUCUCUUCUUUGGUCAGCAAUGUCAGAUUCUCAGAUACUUUACGAGUACUUAGAUGUGACGCAUCCGAGGAUAAACAAAAACAGGCUGGGCAUUUUAAUAGUACCAGCACUUCAGUAGAAAACAUUGAAGGUUUUCAGGCCUCGCCCUACCCUGAAAUUGAUCAAUUUGUUCUUUCUUUGGUGAAUAAAAAUGGCAUUAAAGGAGGGAUUCGGCGUUGGAACUACUUUUUUCCAGAAGAAUUAUUGGUUUAUGACAUUUGUAAAUAUCGCUGGUGUGGAAACAUUGGAAGAGCCCACAAGAGUAAUAAUAUCAUGAUUUUGGUUGAUCUGAAAAAUGAAGUUUGGUAUCAAAAAUGUCAUGACCCCAUAUGUAAAGCGGAAAACUUCAAAUCUGACCGUUUUCCUUUACCUGCUGAAAUAUGCCUCCCGUUUCUUCUCAAAGAGGAAGAAGAGUUUGCAACACAGGAAACCAUGAACGAUGGGACCCAGAGCCUUCAUGUGCCAUCAUCCGGCGCGUCGUCAGGAGGUGUGUGCUCUGACCCUGACUGGGACAGUGGCCCUGACGAUACUUAUUUCUUGGAAGCUACUGAGGAUGCUGAAUUAGCAGAAGCUGCAGAGAACAGCCUUCCCAGUUAUAAUGGUGGAGUGGAUGAAAUUCCUGACGAAGUAAUUGUGGAAGUAUUACAGAAUAGCUAAUUAACUGUGCACUUGUAACCAGGUUGUAAUUUGCCUGAAGACAGAUUAAAUUACAGUAUCUUGUUAAAUCGGUUAAUACCAAUUAAUUUUAUCAUUUUGCAUUCCAAUUCUUGUUUUUUACUGGAGUAAACCAGUUUUAUUGAAAA